GGUGACCAGCCGGCUGUUUACCACUGGCCUGAGCCGAGCCACCGCGCCGGGGCUCACAGCAGCCACCAUGGCCUUCCGUAGCGCGGGCACACUAAUGACCGAAUUCAAUGCCGCCUUCGUGCCCCCAGCUCUCAUGCCCGGGUAUAAAGGCCAUGUCCCCGGUGUGGCUUCCUCCUUUGGCUCCUCUUAUGGCAACAUCACCUUCAAGUACUUCCAGGACCUCCGCCAUACAGGCUUGGAGAAGAGCUACGCCCUCCUCAGUGGAGGUCGAUUUCCCACCAUCUUCUCCCCUAACUCCUCCCUGGUGCUGACUGAUAACUCACAGAACUGGGAUCGAUGGCUGCACCAGCCCACCUACAGCCGAUCCAAUCUGGACAACGGGCGCACCACUGAGCUCACUAACUUUUACAAGACAGUCCAGCAACAGCGGAAGUAUUACAAAGACAAGACUGGCACGGUGUCUCGUGUUCCUUACUUUGUACUGCCUGUGAAGGAGCGGGACCGGUACCCUCUACCCACCGACCUGCCUCCUCUGAGUGAGAAGAGUAAGUGGCACCUAUUAAGAGUAUCCCCUGACUACGUGAGGACCUACCAGACCUUCCCGUCAGGAAAGAGAGUUUCCACUCAAGAGCGGCAGAGGCGGGACCUUUACUUCGAGUUCAGAGCCUGAAGCCAGGUGGCUGACACCAGGAAGCCUUGGCCUGACCAGGCUGGCUUGCUUGUAAUAAAAUCUUCAGCCACAAC